ACUGUGGUGCCAGCUCUCUGCCUUUCCCUUUCUCCACAUCCCUUUUAAGCUGCCUAAGCUGUUCCAAGUGUGGUGUCACCAGCCUGACAGAGGGGACAUUAACUGUCCUCAUUCUCUGGCUGUGCUCCUGGCAGAGCCUGGCUGCCUUAAUUCACAACCUGGCUUGGCACCCUUCUCUGCUGGGAAAGGCUGUAGUUAAACUGGUGCAGCUUGGUUCUGUUGGGAUGUUUGCUGCAGCUCUGCAGUUGGGAGCUCCAGGGCAUGCAUCCAGCCAGAUCCUCACAGCAGUGCUUUGUGCACCUAUGGGUUGUGACAGUCUUGCCCUUCAGGACUGUCUUAAAAGCCUCACACUUCCUUUCCUGCCAAAAUAAGAGCCAAUUUUUACAUUACCAACAAGGAAACCCCAACAUUAUUUCCUUGUUAAACAACCCAUGGGGCAUAAAGGGAGCAGACAAACACAUGUGAUUUCUUGUUAUGAGUGACUCAGGUCACUCUGCCCCUGACCUGAGCGAUAGCAAUGCCACAGAAUAUGUUGGGGGAAUCCCCACGUGGAAUCUGGGCAGAGCAGUGCCAGUGGCAUCAGGAAGGAGUGGGUCCCACACGUGCCCAACCACCCUUCCUUCCCAGGCUGAAGGAGCACUUGGACCAAGGUGGGGCUUACAAUGCUGAGGAGGGGUACAGGAAGAAGCUGCCCCUGCCUGAAGCAUUUGCUGGCUGAUGUUUUCUGAUCUGGGGACUCCCACAGCAGAGCAGUGCCCUUCCUGGCCGUUUGCUCGAUGAAUGUACCUGUUAUGGAAGCCUUGGAACAAGUAGUGUGCUGACCCUAGGCUCUGGAAGGAAAUGAGGAGGACAGAUCUGGUGAGGGUACUGGUCCCCCUCUUGCUGAGCUGGGACCACCUCUGUGCCCCUGGCCCAACCAGGGAGUGUCCCUGCCCUAGAGCUGCUCCAGGGCUGGGCUACCCCAUCUAUGGCCAGUGAGGCACCAGGUGUCACAGCAGUGUGACAGCCCCUCACACCACUGGAGCCUCCACCACUGUGUCCCUUCUGCUGCCUGCCCGAGGAAGGACUACAGGAACUGAUGUCAAGCUCCAGGGUGCAGCCAGGGCACGGCUAAGCAUGUCACAAGUGCCAAGAGGGAAGUGAGUCACUCACCUGGGAGCCAGUACGACGCCCUCUUUCCUGUCAGAGCCUCUUCCCAGGCAGGAGCGCACACACAGCUCGGCCCUGCUGGUGUCUCCACUUGCAGCACAUACCUGGUGGGCUGGGGUCUGUGACUGAGCUGGAGCAGGUGCUCUGUGACCCCAAGGGCCAAGGGCUUCCAAGACAUCUUCAUCCUCCCAGCAUGGGUGUGGGAAGACACUCCUUGUUCUGCAUGCUGAGCCAGCAGGGGUGAGGUGAUAUGCAUGGUGACAGCUGAGUCAGUGACUCUGCAGUCAUGCUACAGUUGCUUCCAUUCUGGUGCCCUAUUCUUAAGAGCUGCCAGUGUGGAAACUGUCCAGCCUCAGGGACAGGAAAAUAACAUCUGGGAGACAACCAAGCAUCCUCAGUGAAACCCCCACUGCUACUAAAGCUGAAGAUGGACAUAUUGUGCUGAAUUUUUUCAACUCUGAGCACAGCCCUGUGGCUCAAGCCCACCUGUGCAGCCUCUGCCAUGGAGGGGACGUGCAUGUUCACUCUCCCUUCCAUAACAUCUGCUAAACCUGGCAGUCUGCAGACAGUAAAGUUCACCAGAGCUCCUGAGCAAAGUUUGGUGGCCACCAUCCUGUUGUGCAGAACUAGAAAUGGAGGUGUGGGUGGACAGUGCCCUGGGGCACCAUCUGAAGGGACUGUGAACAACAGCUGUGCCCAGGUAAGAAGAAAAGCUGUGGCAGGAAAUUGUGCUUCAGACAUGCUUCAUGAUACCAUGAUGUCCGGAAAGGGCAAAGGAGGUGGAGAAGGCAGUGCUGAUUCCUUCAUUUCAUGCCACAUAGACUCUGAGUUUCGCUACAACCUCUUCACUGUUUUCUACAGUAUUAUCUUCAUUCUGGGCUUUGUUGCCAACUGCUAUGUUCUCUGGAUUUUCAGCCGUAUUUACCCCACCAAGAAACUCAAUGAAAUCAAGAUAUUCAUGGUGAACCUAACAGUAGCUGACUUGCUCUUCUUAGUUACGAUGCCAAUGUGGAUUGUUUACUACCACCACCAUGGAGACUGGAUCAUGCCUGAGUUCCUUUGUAAUGUGGCUGGCUGUUUAUUUUUUGUUAAUACCUACUCCUCUGUUGCUUUUCUAAUGGUCAUCACAUACAACCGUUACCAAGCUGUGACUAAUCCUAUUAAAGCUGCUCAGCUGACCACCCAGAGAAGAGGAAUCUACCUAUCAGCAGCUAUCUGGAUCCUAAUAGUGGGCAGCUCUUUGUAUUACCUUUUUGACAAUAAUACUAAUCAGGAGCAGGUUAACUCCAGGAAUUUCACGCGGUGCUUUGAGCGCUAUGACUCCUCGAGUGGUGUUUCAGCUGUUCUCGCCAUUCAUGUCAUCAUCUGCAUCCUCUUCUAUAUAAUUUUCCUUUUAAUACUGGGUUGGAACAUUGUGAUUAUCAGGACCUUGUUCUCCAAGUCAGUGCAUCCACGGAAGAGCGCUCACGUCAAGCAAAGGGCCCUCUGGAUGGUGUGCACAGUGCUGGCUGUGUUCAUCAUUUGCUUUGUGCCCCAUCACAUCGUGCACCUGCCCUGGACUCUGACUGUUCUGGAACAGUGGAAGAAGGAAAACUGUCAGCUGCGCCAACAGCUCAAUGAUGCUCACCAGGUGACUUUGUGCCUCUUGAGUACGAACUGUGUGUUGGACCCGAUCAUCUACUGCUUCCUCACCAAGAAGUUCCAGAAGCAUCUUUCAGAAAACCUGAAAAGCAUGAAAGGGAGUCGCAAAUGCUCCAGGCAAACAACAGACACGGUGAUUGAGGGCACCAUUCACCAAGAGGAUGCCAUUAGGAUCGGUUAGGACCACUCUGUAUGUUCUGAUUGCACAUGGAGAGGUGUGAAUUAUUUGCUCAUCUUGAGUUGUUGACACAACAGAGGAUCAGGAUUUUACAUUUUCUUCUUCCCAUUAGACAGAAGAAUGGAUGUUCAUUUCUUCUGUCACAUGCAACGGGCAGAACUGGAACCUGCAAUAAUCUGGCAGCAAAGCUCCUUCUGUCUGGGCUGGUGCUCUCAUGGGUGCUGAGAACAGCUCAGAUGUCUGUUUUAACGUGAAAGAAGUGUGUCACUGAGCCUCUGCAGUGAGCAGCUAGAGUGCACCAAAAGCUGAGUGCACCAAAAUUACCCAUUGAGCCAGUCCCGAUAGCACCAUCCCUGCUCCUCUGCCUGCCCAGCUCUCGCAGCAGAUCCAGUAUUAGAGCUGUAAGGGACUUCUAAAAGACCUGGAAGAACAGAUUGAGCUCUGAGUAUCAUUGUGUGGCUUUUCUAAGCAGCUUACAUGAUCCUGUGAAGAGAGUCUGAGCUGAUGAAGCUCUUGAGUGGCUGUAGGGGAUGUAGUCCACGGAAUUCCUCAACUGCUGUUGAAUAUCUGCACCUCCAAUCCCUUCAUCCCUUCUUAGUGACUCACGUGGUCUGCUGGGAUCUAAACUUGAUAGAUGUCUGGGAGAAGCUAUUAUGAAUCUUUGCUUCCAGAUCUCGAGUCAGUAAAGCAGAGAAGGAAAGGAAGAGAAAUUGGCAGUGCCUCAGCACACCUCCCCUCUCCCUCCACCAGAUCAGCAUUAUGGCCAAAGGGUACCAUGGUCUGCCCUGGCUUCCUGUGUGAGGGCAGAACUGGCCAGCCAGUGGCCUCAUGCACUCAAUUUAGAAAUUUCUGACAGACAGCCACUCUUGCUCAGGAGGCUCCAGAUAACAGAGGGCUACUGUCAGCAUGGGCAUUAUGAUAAAGAAAAAAAAAAAAAAAAGCUUAAAAUGCUUCUGUAUCUUUGUACUUAUUUAUUUGAAUUAGGGUUGUAGCCAUUACAUUAUUCCUUCCUCCAGCCUUUCCAGUUCUGCUGCAAAUAAUUGAAGCUGACUAGUUCUUGAUCUACAGCAAGUAAAGCGUUAGGUCAGGACACUUGACAGACAAAUAAUUCACACACUCCAACAGCACUGGAGGCCACUGACCCAGGGCCGGAUGCAGUCCACUGGGGCCCAGAGAAAAGUGAUUUUCCAUGAGUGCUGAGUUCUGUUACCAGUCAUGAGACACUUGGGGUUCCUUCUGUGACCCAAAUUGCUCAAUCUAGCACAGGAAAUUGGGCAGGGAAGGGAACUUACUUGUUUUCACAACAGUUGUUGGUUCUCUAAAAGACCUAGUCUGUUGAUGACAGGAAGAGUGUAUCUGACCUGUGACACCAAUUAUUCAUGUGCAGGGUUGUAGCCUUUUCACACCUGCCCAAAAAUGGGAAAGAUAAAUUCAAAUCAUUCCAAAGACAGGACCAGUUUUUAUACUGCUUUGCCUGCUUGACCUGAUACAGGUCCUUCAGAUGUAUCCUGUGGAGCUCCUCAGGCAGCUUUUGUCCUUAUUUGUGCCAGUGAGGAAAAGAACUAAGAUGUUUAUUUUUGUAAGGCCUUUGCCAGGGCCAGCCCUGCUCUCCAGGCCCAGUGCCAGAGGAAAGAGUCUGAUCACAAUAAGAAUGUAUCUUCCUCCUACUCCUGGGCUCUGCUCCACAAAAGGCCACCCACAACAAACACUUGCCAGUACCUCAUGCUCCUCAGACAUGUUCAAAGAUGCACCCUGAAUCUGCAGAUCCACAGCACGCAGGAAGGGAGAAGUUUCUGUAAUUUAAAAGCCUAAAUCUGGCUUGCUGGAGGAAUCUGCUUUUGUUUCUGCAUUGUUCUGAGGGCAUAUUCUGGAUGAGGAGCUCUCACAGCUGGCAGGGGGGGUCCUACUUUCCCCCCUUGGCUCCCAGCAAUAGCAGAGUUCACAGACCCUAAAGCCCUGAUAGAUGGAGUUUGGCAACUCUUGGAGGAAAAGGAAAGGAUUUUUACAUUGAAAGCUGGCAGAUGCAUGAUCUACUGAUUCUUGGAAAGCUUGCAAAAGUUUACAGUUUAGCUCUUUACCAUGGGUACAUAACAGGCUUUAUUCCACAGCAAGCACUGUGGGCUCAGGGAACAAACAUAAACUUGCAUCAGAGGAAAAGCAGAGGGAAAAGCCCCAAGGCUACUUCAGGAGAUGUUACGCUGAUUAAUCAGUAAAAAUGCAUUUCUAAAAACCAGGCUAAGCUGCUACUUUCUGUUCCUGGAAAUACUUUCUUGUUCUUACCACAAUGUUGCAUUACUCUGCUUUACCUUGCAAUGAAAUGGAUCCUCAAAAGCUCUUUUAAAUAAAAUGUGUUCCCCAAGUGUUUUGCCUUUUAA